UGUGGACACUCGCCCACUCCUCGUCUCGUCCGCUCGGCUACGAGCACACAGCUCAGUGUUCACCGAGCGAUCCGUAUGUGCGCUACUGCUUGAACCGCGUAGUUUCUCUAGAAAAUAAUUAGUAUGUGAAUGAAGCGUUUAUACUUGUUCAGUACGUAAAGUAGUGAAAUGUUAUUGUUUGCACACUGAUCAGCGCGUCCACUUCGUCUUACACUUGCAGACUUCAUGAAGAACAACUCGUUUCUAUUUUGUUAAGGUGCUUCCACCUACUCAAGGUCUUAGUAAUGAUUAUCAGAAUACCAUGGUUUCUCGAGUUACUACUCCUUAUUGCUGCAGUUAUCACGACGUCAGGUAGUCCAUUGUUUCUCGACUCAGGAAGAUCUAACACUCCAGUUAUAAGAUGGAAUCCACCAAUGGACGAUUGGAAUGUAACCACAGUGCCACGUAACGAGGAGCCACUCUUCCAUCCCUCCAAUUUCACUCAUAAAUUGCCCCCGUCCGCCAAUGAAACAGAACUAAUAGCUCACAUGACCGCUUUAAAAAGAAACUACUCUCGCUUGUUAUGGGACAACGACAAGAGCACCAACCUUCCUCUUAUAGUGGAAAAAGCUUUGAAGUUGUUCAACUUGAAACAGGUAUAUUAUGAAGUCGAGCACUCUGUAAUGUCGAAAGUAUCAUGUACGGCUUGCAAGGCCGGCGCUGGACUCUUGCAGCACUAUAUCAAGCUGGGUAAAAGUAAAGAAGAAAUUAAUAAGAUGAUUUAUCAAUUUUGUGUGUCGCUCAAUAUACAGUCACCUCGAGUCUGCGAAGGAAUUACUAAACUAUUUGGCAGUGAAGUAGUGUAUGUGUUAAAGCGAGUCACGAUAGGCCCCGUCGAGAUUUGCAGUUUUGUGAUUGGUGACGCUUGUGGUGACGUGUACAACCCAUACCACGAGUGGGAAGUGGCCUUUCCACCUGUACCCAAGCCUGCUGUGCGAACUCUAGAAACACCUCUCGAGAAAGCUCCAAGUUUCAAAGUUCUUCAGAUAUCUGACACUCAUUUCGAUCCAUACUACCAGGAAGGUGCGAACGCAGAAUGCAACGAGCCCCUGUGUUGCCGAGGGUCGAGUGGCCCCGCGCUUACUCCAGGCGGCGGCGCCGGACGCUGGGGCGAUUACCGCAAAUGUGACACACCCAAACGUACCAUCGAUCACAUGUUAAAACACAUCGCGGACACUCACACCGAUAUAGACUAUAUUUUAUGGACAGGAGAUUUGCCACCGCACGAUGUAUGGAACCAGACAAAGGAAGAGAAUCUGAAGGUUCUUCAAGAAACCGUUGCACAAAUGUCCGAUAUGUUCCCCGGAGUACCCAUAUUCCCUGCCUUAGGAAAUCACGAAUCUUCUCCAGUAAACAGCUUCCCACCUCCAUUCAUAUCGUCGCCUGAGUCGAAUAUUGCAUGGUUGUAUGAUGAACUCGAUGCGCAAUGGCGGCGUUGGUUGCCAGCCGGCGUCUCACACACGGUGCGGCGGGGGGCCUUCUACUCCGUGCUAGUUCGGCCUGGCUUUCGCAUCAUAUCUCUUAAUAUGAAUUACUGUAAUAACAAAAACUGGUGGUUGUUAUUAAAUAGCACAGACCCAGCAACUGAACUUCAAUGGCUCAUCUAUGAACUCCAGUCUGCCGAGUUUAGUGGUGAGAAGGUGCACAUCAUCGGGCAUAUACCACCCGGUCAUUCAGACUGCCUCAAGGUGUGGAGUCGCAACUAUUACGCCAUCAUCAACCGAUAUGAGGCCACUAUCACAGCCCAAUUUUUUGGGCACACGCAUUUUGAUGAAUUUGAAAUAUUUUAUGAUCCUAACGAUCUUGGAAGAGCAACGAGUAUAGCGUACGUGGGACCUUCAGUUUCACCUUACUACGAUUUAAAUUUAGGGUAUCGAAUAUAUUAUGUAGAUGGUGAUCACGAAGCGACCACUCGGUUAGUGGUGGACCACGAGACGUGGAUUAUGAAUUUGAAGGAGGCCAAUCUAUUUGGGUAUCCAAUUUGGUACAAGCUGUACUCGGCACGUUCCGCAUACCUGAUGACCGCGCUGCGGCCGCAGGAUUGGGACAAAUUUGUCGAUGACAUGACUAACAAGGAGGACGUAUUUAAUUUAUACUACAAACACUAUUGGAAAAAUAGUCCUCGACGUGGUACGUGUGAUGGCGAGUGUCGUAAACGAUUGGUGUGUGAUGCGAAAUCUGGUCGGUCGCACGACAGACGCGCUCUGUGCAGUCAAAUAGAGGCGCGCAUCGACGGCUCUACGCCCGCGCCACAGACCUGGCGCGCCUGGUUCUACAAUGGCCUGUCUGUCUCAGAGCCUCCUACUGUAAAGCAAGUAUAAAGGUGGUGGAUUUAACUAUUAACUUAUUUUCUGCACGUAACUUCAGGAUGUCAAUGAUAAUGCAAAUCCCACAAGUGGCUUACCAAAUACCAAAGUUCGUGAUGGGUUUAGGCUGAGACGGGACAGAUCGCAAUCAGCGGAACAAAUGCAACGUCUGGAUUUGUCAUGACAACUCCCCAGACUGUUCUUCAAUGAUCUUCAUAAUAAUUAUUUAUUACCUUAUGAGCAAAUCGUACUUUAGUGCCUUAUUGUUAUUCAACAGCAAUACAAAUAAUUAGUUUUAAGAAUAUCGUAACUUUUAAAUAUUAUCCAUAAGGUUGCAAGGUUUUUAAUAGAAAAUUAAAUACCAACUCAAGUCGACGACUGUGGUAAAUGAGCAAUAUUUGACUUUUUCUAAAUGAUAAAUGAUGUCC